CAGCCCCACCAACGAAAGCUGCCGCACGCUGACCGUGAAUGAGAUGUUUCUCCUUGACUCGGGUGGCCAGUAUCUAGAUGGUACAACUGACAUCACUCGGACUGUGCACUGGGGUACUCCCACCGACUUUCAGAAGGAGGCUUUUACGCGUGUGCUGAUGGGAAACAUUGAGAUAUCGCGUACCAUCUUCCCUACGGGUACCAGAGGCAUGAAUAUGGAGAUGCUGGGACGCAGGGCAUUAUGGGAAAUUGGCCUCAACUAUGGUCAUGGCACCGGGCACGGCGUGGGGAACUAUUUCGGUGUCCAUGAAUGGCCGGUGGGAUUCCAGAGCAAUAACAUCCCAUUUACCGAGGGAAUGUUCACCUCCAUAGAGCCAGGAUAUUACAGAGAGAAUGAGUUUGGAAUAAGGAUUGAGGAUGUAGCAGUUGUGGUAGCUGUUGAAACAAAGCAUGGUGAGGGGUACCUGACCUUUGACACUGUGUCACUGGUGCCUUACGACAGGAAGCUGAUUGACACUUCCCUUCUGAGCCCAGAACAGUUGCAGUGGCUAGAUUCCUACUACAAGAAGAUCCGUAGUGUUCUGGGGCCCGAGCUGGAGCGGCAGGCUCUCUGGGAGGAGCAGAAGUGGCUGCUGAGGAGCACAGAGCCCCUCCUUCCUGUUGCCAUGGUGCCGUGAAGCUGCCUCACUUUCAAGGGAUGGAGAUGCUUUCACAUGACAGUAUUUUAGCUGACUUGUAAUGCAGCAGCUUCUUCUGAAUAAACAUUUUACUCAUCAAA